GUGGUCCCGAUUCAGAUUUUGAAUAUUCUACUCAAUCCUAUACUGGCUAUGAGCCCACUAGUAUGCGAGCUAUCCGUGCACGCUAUCAUCCGUUAGAGCAGGCCAAAGGUCGAAUCGAUCAAUUGAAAAGCUUAGGACAUGACGUAGACAAGGUCGAAUACAUCAUCAUGGGUGGCACGUUUAUGUCGUUGCCAGAGGAUUACAAAAACUGGUUUAUCGCGAACUUGCACAACGCAUUGUCAGGCCACGCAACUGAUGAUGUUGAUGAGUCUGUGAGAUUUUCAGAGCAGAGUCAGACAAAAUGUAUUGGAAUUACUAUUGAAACACGGCCUGAUUACUGUCUCAAACCUCACUUGAGCCAGAUGCUCCGAUAUGGGUGUACUCGUCUAGAGAUAGGCGUCCAGAGCAUUUAUGAAGAUGUUGCACGUGAUACCAACAGAGGACAUACUGUCAAGGCUGUAACGGAAUCAUUUCAAUUAGCGAAAGAUUCAGGAUUUAAAGUGGUUGCUCACAUGAUGCCAGAUUUACCAAAUGUCGGUAUGGAAAGGGAUUUAGAGCAAUUUAAGGAAUACUUUGAGAACCCAGCCUUUCGUACUGAUGGUCUGAAAAUUUAUCCAACUUUGGUUAUCAGAGGCACAGGGCUUUACGAACUUUGGCGAACGGGAAGAUACAAAAACUAUGCACCCGUUGCGCUUGUCGACCUUAUUGCUAGAAUACUAGCUCUCGUUCCUCCAUGGACACGAAUAUAUAGAGUUCAGCGCGAUAUUCCAAUGCCUCUGGUAACAUCGGGCGUCGAGCAUGGAAACCUACGUGAACUAGCACUGAACAGGAUGAAGGAUCUUGGAAUUGAAUGUCGAGAUGUUAGGACAAGGGAAGUUGGAAUUGUCGACAUUCACAACAAAGUUCGACCCGAAGAGGUUGAAUUAAUUCGGCGUGACUACGUUGCUAAUGAUGGGUGGGAAACUUUCCUAUCAUAUGAAGACACUCAACAGGAUAUUCUAAUUGGCCUUCUUCGUCUACGUAAAUGCUCGUCAGCUACAUUCCGACCAGAGCUCACAAUUACACCAACGUCCAUAAUUAGAGAGUUACACGUUUAUGGAUCGGUUGUUCCGAUGCAUAACCGUGACCCCACCAAGUUUCAACAUCAAGGCUUUGGAACUUUACUGAUGGAAGAGGCAGAGAGAAUAGCAAAAGAAGAACACGGUAGCAAGAAAAUCAGUGUUAUUAGUGGAGUUGGAGUUCGAAAAUAUUAUGCAAAAUUGGGGUACCAUUUAGACGGUGA